CACCAACUCGCAUUAAAGAAGAUAAUCAAGGGAAUGGUCUUACUCCAUACACCCAGCUGCCUUAUCCCUGUCAUGAUAUGGGAAGAAUUAAAUGGGAUGAAAUUAUCAGUGUGACCCAUUCCUGGGAGCAGGUAUUCACGGGGAAUUCAAGCGUUUUCAUUCGUCCAGUGUAGCAGAUGGUCACGGGGGAAUUGAAUGCUAGUCCAUCCCGCUGGUAAUUAAAUUUUUGGGAAGGUAUAAUUUGUAUAUUUGGCUUAUGAGAAUCCUUGUGUCCUGGUAGGAAAAGCAAGAAAGUUCCUAUUUGUCCAAUUCUCACGGAGGCUCAGCCUCGAUAUUAGCUAAUUCAUGAGCCUGAUUGCAGCUGAAACACUAUCGGGGAAGCAAAAUAUUAUGUUCGGAGAUGUAUGGGAAUUGCUUACUCUACUCAUAUGUAGUCGAUUCAAUUUUGAGAGCUUAGUACUUAGUAUCAGCCGGGUAUAUUCCGAUCCAAUGUGCUAUCAAUUUCCUUUGACUCUUCAUAUAUCCAUAUUACAGGACUACCUUGGUGUUAAUGAGGUCGUGCUCAAACCGAUAUAUUGAUUCAACGAGAUUGGUAAUGGUAGUUAGUGAGAAGAUUGAUCGUAAUUUUCAGUUACUUUUCGAGUUUGAUGCUUGGUAUCGAAAUGAAAUGGAGAUGAAACUCUUAUAAAAUUGGGAUAAAGAAACCUCUUAUAAUAGAGGUAUAGGGGUUUUAGGUGACUGGUCAAUCCAACUCAAGAGCUACCGGAGGUAUGGUGGCAGUUAAAUUCAAAUGGGUGGCGCAAUCCGCAGUCCUCAAAUGAAGAGUAUUCCAAAUUUCAUUACAGUGAUUGUUUUCUUUCAACUCCAGAGGUAGACUUACAGGAAGGUAUAUUUACUGACUAAUUCACCAAGGAUAAGGUUUGUCCUAGAUCGGAAUGUCUCAAGGCAUCAUAACGCCGUCAUAAAUAGUAAGGGUCCAAAGUAAUCCAAGCCGGCGGUGAUGGCUUCCAUCGCCACGCCGCUCUCUCCUGACUAUUCAUCCACUCGGAUUCAAGGAUAUACUCUGAUUGAAACUGUAGUUUUAGUCAACAAAUCUCCAGCGCCGACGCUAGAUAAAUUACCAUGAUUCCUUUUCACUGUCAUCAAAUUGAUGGAUAGGAGAUUUCACAGAUUAAUUCUGAGGCAGAAUCCUGUAAUGCCGCAUGAAGCUGGCAAUUUACAAUUCGCAAUUAAUAUCACCGUAGGAAAGCCUGGUUUAUGAGGUUAUGGAAAAGGAAGUCGGGAACCCGCCGGGCUCUAGCGGAGGAAGCGAGGUCGAGUAAGGCUCUCAAAUGCGCCGGCGUUUGAGGCAGCAUGAGCCACCGACACUCUCCACUUACACCCUCUUGGUCAUCUGAUCCAAAACUUGCUUGACUCACCCGUUUACCAUCUCUAUCGGAAUCCAACACCCAAAAGCAAAAGAGAGGAAAAAUAAAUAGGUCGCCAACGCACCCAACGGCGAUGGAUGAGAAGGUGAAUUUCCAACUGAGCUUUCCGAUUUGCUUGUGAGAACCUUGCAUCGUAGACAUAGCUGGAUCUUGGAGAGAGACUCACCUUGUCUAGAUCUGGCCCUGGUUUGCUUGAUUGAAUCAAGUUUCUUUUGUACUUCAUCUCAAAUUUGGAUUUGAAACUCGAUGAUGAAUUAGGUGCAGUCAUGCAUCCUUAAGGUUCCGAUCGAAGGAAACCCAACCGGGAGUUGUCACUUAAAAUCGUUCCACAUUGUUUUGGGAGGAAGAAGAGACAGCAAAGCAUAUCGCCUUACCUGGUUGUUCAUCGGCGAAGAACCGCUGACUUUACUAGCAGAAUGUUGCUGAUGAAGUGAACUGAAUCAGAAUCCGCUCUGGAAAAGGAAAGCUGCACCAGUGUUUAAGUGUUGCUUAGUUAAACUGUGUCGUUUUGGUUUGUUUCUGUUUGGUACUUAAAGUUUGUCGAGGGUUAGUAGUGAUCAUUGUUGCUGAACUAGCCGUUGCAGCUGUUUGUUGCAGCAGGGUCGAGUAGUUAGGCAGGGAGCUAUUUUCCAGGGAUCAUGGGGAUAGGGUUGUUUGUCAAAGCCGAGUUUGAGGGCUGUAGUUGAGAGUCCUCUGUAUAUAUUUCAAUUCCAAUCAAUGAAUAAAGGCGUCAGUUUGCAGUACAUCUGAGUUAACAAAGUGGUAUCAGAGCGGGAUUGCAAGCUGUAACCAAGAGAGAUUUGUGUGAUUCGUGAGUAAGUAAAGAGUGAUUCUCUGGGUUGGGAAACACGAGUGAACAAGUGAGGCAAGAUAUUUCCUGGUGAGAGCUCAAAUAUGAGUGAAAGCAGCUUUGCUCAGGUCUGUAUACCCAAGUUUGAUGGGGAUUUCGACCACUGGAGCAUGCUGAUGGAGAACCUUCUGCGAUCUAAAGAAUACUGGGCAGUGGUUCAGGAUGGAAUAAGGGAGCCUGCACAAGGAGAGGAGCUGACUGAGGCUCAGCAAAGAGUCCUGGAGGAAAGGAGAUUGAGAGAUCUCAAGGCAAAGAAUUACUUAUUCAGCUCCAUUGACAAGAGCAUUUUGAAGACAAUGACUCAAAAGGCAACAGCCAAGGAGCUGUGGGAUUCAAUGAAAACAAGGUACCAGGGCAGUGAAAGGGUGAAGAAGUCACAACUCCAGAGUCUCAGGAGAAGUUUUGAACUGCUGCAAAUGAAGGAGGGAGAGUCUGUUACAGACUAUUUUGGAAGAGUAACUGUGGCCAACUCUAUGAGGAACUGUGGAGAGAUGAUGCCAGAUGUGAAAAUAGUGGAAAAGGUACUGAGAACACUGACUGCAAAAUUCAAUUUCAUAGUCUGUUCUAUAGAAGAGUCCAAGGACAUAGAAGAAUUGAGUGUUGAAGCUUUGCAAAGCUCAUUGCUUGUGCAUGAGCAAAAGUUUAUUAAGCAAUCUGAGGAAGAACAGGCUUUGAAGGUGACUUUUGAGUAUGGAGGAAGAGGUGGACGAGGUCCAGGGAGAGGCAUGUAUCAGGGUAGAGGAAGGGGAAGAGUAAGGGGAUUGAAUCGUGACUUGGUAGAAUGCUUUAAAUGUCACAAACUGGGACAUUUUAAGGCAGAAUGCCCUGAGUGGUAUGGCAAUCACCAAACACACUAUUCAAGUCACAGUUCCAAUCCUAAUCAGUCACAAUUCAACCACCCUGACAUGACUGAAGAUGUUCUACUCAUGGCUUUUGUCGAGAAGAAAGAAGAAGAAGCAGGAGUGGAUCUGCAGAAUUCAAUGGCCUUUCUGGACUCACAGCUUGAAGAGACAAGGGAUACCUGGUGGUUUCUUGAUUCUGGCUGCAGCAACCACAUGAGUGGAGAAAAGCAGUGGUUCACUACCAUGGAAGACAAUGAUGAUUGCAAUGUGAAGUUGGGCAAUGGAUCGAGGCUUACAGUUGCUGGCAAAGGCACAGUCAGGAUAGUGGUAGAUGGAGUUUCUCUGGCAAUCAGUGAUGUGUUCUAUGUUCCAGGGCUCACUACAAACCUGCUGAGCGUAGGACAAUUACAAGAGAAGCAGUUGAACUUUGUCUUCAAAGAAGGAACUUGCAAAAUCUAUCAUGAGGAGAAGGGAUUGUUGCUGCAAACAACAAUGAAGACCAACAGAAUGUUUGUUCUGCACUCUCAGAAGCAGACUAACAGUUCUAACAAUAAUCAUCACCGUUUGCACCAAACUGAAGCCAGUAACAAGCUAUUCAAUCUCUGGCAUAGGAGAUUUGGACAUCUAAACAGCAAAAGCCUACUGCAGAUGAAGAAAAAGGAGGUUGUGCAAGGAUUACCUCAGCUGCAAGGAGACCUGGGAGUCUGCUCCACCUGCCAGAUUGGAAAGCAACACAGAGCCAGCUUUCCUAAGCAAAGCACAUGGAGAGCAACCAAGAGACUCCAGCUGAUUCAUGCUGACCUAUGUGGACCAAUCACACCAGUGUCCAAUGGGGGAAAAAGAUACAUUCUCACUAUCACUGAUGACUUCAGCAGGAAGUUGUGGGUGUAUUUCUUGGAAACAAAAGCAGAAACUCUAAGUUGUUUCAAGAAAUACAAAGCUCAAGUAGAAAAAGAAGCUGGUGAACCUAUUGUGUGUCUCAGAACUGAUCGAGGAGGGGAAUUUCUUUUGAAUGAGUUCAAAGGAUUAUGUGAAGCUGAAGGCAUAAGGAGGCAACUGACUGCUGCAUUGACUCCCCAACAGAAUGGGGUUGCUGAGAGGAGGAACAGGACCAUAAUGAACAUGGUCAGGUGCUCCAUGGCUGAUACAAGAGUCCCUGCAACAUUCUGGCCAGAGGCUGUGGCAUGGACCAGUCACAUUUUAAACAGAAGUCCUACCUCAGCAAACUCUGGAAAAACACCACAUGAGCUCUGGUCAGGUAAACCUCCAGCUGUUGGUCAUUUUAAAGUGUUUGGAUGUGUAGCAUAUGUCCAUGUGAAUGAUCACCUGAGGAAGAAAUUGGAUGCCAAAAGUAUACAGUGCUACUUCCUAGGCUUAUCCACUGAGUCUAAGGCUUAUAAACUGUAUAAUCCUGUUACCAAAAAGAUAGUGAUCAGUAGGGACGUGGUCUUUGAUGAGACCAAGGGCUGGUCUUGGGAGUCUGAAACUGAACCUGUAUUGACCAAAGUGACUUGGGAAGGAAGUAAUGAGCCAUGGUAUGAAUCUGAUGAGGAGGAAGAAACUGCCACUACAGAAUCAACACCAUCAGUCACACCACCAGCAGACCCAUCAACAGAACCAACUACACCAAUUCCUUCUGCAGCAACUCAAGCACCUCAGGAUGAUGGGGAGGAAGAUGAGGAUAAUGAUCCUGAUGUGCUUGGCCUUCCCAGUGGAGGAUUAGGUCCCAGAGUGAGGAAACCACCCAGCCACUUGUCAAUUUAUGACUGCACUUACUUUGCAGGCUUAGACUACUGGGCUAUGGUAACUAUCAGUGAUGAUCCUACUACUUUUGAAGAAGCUGUGCAGAAUGAGAAGUGGAGAAAGGCAAUGCAGCAAGAAAUGAUCAGCAUUGAGAAAAAUGACACAUGGAUUCUGGUGACAUUACCUGCAGGGGUGACUCCAAUUGGAGUUAAGUGGAUUUUCAAGACUAAGUUGAAGGAGGAUGGAUCUCUGGACAAAUUCAAAGCAAGGCUAGUGGCAAAAGGGUAUGCACAGAAACAUGGUAUAGACUAUACUGAAGUCUUUGCUCCUGUGGCCAGGUGGGACACAAUCAGAACCCUUCUUGCACUAGCAGCAUAUCAUGGUUUUCCAGUAUAUCAACUCGAUGUAAAGAGUGCCUUUUUACAUGGUGAGCUGACUGAGGAAGUCUACAUCGAGCAGCCUCAAGGUUUUGAAGUCAAGGGUGAGGAACAGAAGGUUUAUAAACUCAAGAAAGCACUGUAUGGGUUGAAACAGGCUCCAAGAGCCUGGUACAGUAGGAUUGAGGCCUAUUUUCUCAAAUCUGGCUUUGAGAGAAGUGAUUAUGAGCAUACAUUGUUCAUAAAGAAGUCUGGAAAUGACCUCCUGUUGGUCAGUCUCUAUGUAGAUGAUCUUAUGUACACCAGCAGCAGCUCUGAGCUCAUAGAAGAAUUCAAGAAGUCCAUGCAAGAAGAAUUUGAAAUGACAGACCUAGGGAGGAUGAAGUACUUUCUGGGAGUGGAGGUGCAUCAAAGUAAAGCUGGAAUCUUUAUCAAUCAGCAGAAAUAUGUGAAGGAGGUAUUAGAGAAGUAUGGUCUGUCAGCUUGCAAUUUUGUGAAGAACCCUUCAGCCCCUGGAACUAAACUGUCUAAAGCAGGAGAUGGGGUUCAGGUAGAAGCUACUGAGUAUAAAAGUUUGAUUGGCAGCCUGCUUUAUAUGUGUGCUACUCGGCCAGAUAUCAUGUAUUCUGUGUGCUUGUUAAGUAGAUUCAUGGAGGCACCAACAAGACAGCAUAUGUUUGCAGCUAAAAGGGUCUUGAGGUACUUAAAGGGCACUAUAAGUCAUGGCAUUUGGUACAAGAAGAAGGAUGGAAAUGAUAAGUUGGUGGGGUACACUGAUAGUGAUUAUGCAGGUGACUUGGAUGAUCGAAAGUCAACCAGUGGCUAUGUGUUCUUCAUUGCUGGAGGGGCCAUUUCAUGGGCCUCGAAGAAACAGCCAGUAGUCACUUUAUCAACCACUGAAGCUGAGUUUGUGGCUGGAUCCUAUUGUGCAGCCCAAUGUGUCUGGUUGAGGAAGAUACUAGAACAGAUGGGUUGGAAGAGCAGUGUUGAUACUGCCACAAGAGUUCUGUGUGACAGCAGCUCUGCAAUCAAGCUGUCCAAGAACCCUGUACUUCACGGCAGGAGUAAACACAUCGACGUGCACUUUCAUUUUCUGAGGAAUUUGGCUAAGGAAGAGGUGAUUGAGAUGGAACAUUGUCGAAGUCAUGAACAAGUUGCUGAUAUCAUGACAAAAUCCCUCCAACUGGAUGCGUUUCAAACACUAAGAUAUCAAUUGGGAGUCUGUGAUGAAAGAGAGUUCGAAGAAGCAGGAGCCAACAGUGGAGAAAAGGAGCACUAAGGUCUGUGAAGGGGGAUUCAGUUCAGGGGAGGAUAAUGUUGCUGAUGAAGUGAACUGAAUCAGAAUCCGCUCUGGAAAAGGAAAGCUGCACCAGUGUUUAAGUGUUGCUUAGUUAAACUGUGUCGUUUUGGUUUGUUUCUGUUUGGUACUUAAAGUUUGUCGAGGGUUAGUAGUGAUCAUUGUUGCUGAACUAGCCGUUGCAGCUGUUUGUUGCAGCAGGGUCGAGUAGUUAGGCAGGGAGCUAUUUUCCAGGGAUCAUGGGGAUAGGGUUGUUUGUCAAAGCCGAGUUUGAGGGCUGUAGUUGAGAGUCCUCUGUAUAUAUUUCAAUUCCAAUCAAUGAAUAAAGGCGUCAGUUUGCA